AUGAGAGAUCUACCUCCUCCCCCUCCAACCAGUAGAUUCGGUGCAGGCUUUACACGUUCGCCCCAUUCGCCGCUUAACCGCCUCUCAUAUCUCCUCAAUCCCCCAUCCGAACCAACUUCGGAUCUCUACGCGGCAAACCCUUCCUCCCAAAGACCUAAUGACAGCAUGGACACAGAUAUGAAUAAUGGCUACUUGGAUGGAGUUAUAUCCUCCCAGACUCGUCUCCCGCAAUUACCGUUAUAUUCGAGGGCCUUCGAACCAUUUAUGCGUAAUGAAGAGCACAAUAAGGAGGUCGCGUUCACACCAUCCUAUUUACAUGGUUCGGAUUACAUACGGAAGCUUGAUGAAGCGCGCAAGGCUAAACAGGCGCGGAAAGAGGCUCAGCAGCAAGCAGGAAAUGGGUUAUCAGCUGGUAUCACAACAACGGGUGCCCUAGCAAGUAAACCACCAGCCUCCCACCUAGGAAUGACAUACGAUUUGAUCGAACGAGCACCGACCGUCGACGAUGAGACCAUAGUUCCGCCUUUACCUACUAAAUGGAAUAAGGACGAUAAACAAGGUCCCCUAGAGGUUUUAGCCGACGGCUUGGAGGUUAAGUACGCUUCAGGUCGCACCGCGAGGGAACAAGAGCAUGAAGCCUGUGCGAUUCGUGCAGACCAUCCAAUGCCAUGGCAAGCAGGCCUCUACUAUUUUGAAAACCACAGUAUGUAUUGGCUUCUCGGCAAAGAACGUCCCUCUGGCCGACCGCCAGGUUGGGAGCCCGACUCAUGGGGUUAUCACGGCGAUGACGGUGAUAUCUAUUCCGGGGAUAAGAUUGGGAAACCCUACGAAGGAAAAAACUUCGGGCCACCAGACAUCAUUGGAUGCGGAGUCAACUUCCGAACUCGCGAAGCAUUUUUACAAAAAAUGGAAGGCAGUUUAGUAUGUAUCCGGAGAGCCAUUCUCGAGGGCGAUAUUGAUAAGGCUGUCAAGUACACCUAUACUUACUAUCCGGAUGUGUUGAGGGAAAACUACGACGUGUACUUCAAAUUGAGGUGUCGAACCUUCAUCGAAAUGGUACGGAAAUCAGCUGAGAUAAGCAACUCGAAUACCAAAAAGAGUAACGGGCACCCAUACGAUGACACUCUUAACAAAAUGGACGUCGAUGAGAAUGGCUUCCCAGACCAGAUGGAAGAAGACGUCUUGGACACUCAAACAAAUCAAGAGGAUUGGCUUGUAAAAGCUGUCCAAUAUGGGCAAUCAUUACAGGAGGAUUUCAGGGAUGAUACGAGACCAGAAACCACGAAAACACUCAACGAGGUAUUCUCGCUUCUGGCAUAUCCUAAUCCCCUAGAGGUUAAGGAGGUUGCGCCUUUACUAGAUCGCAAAGGUAGAGUAGCUGUGGCCGAAGAGCUCAACUCAGCAAUACUCUCAUCUUUGGGAAAAUCGUCGCGAUCAGCAUUAGAAAACCUCUAUGGACAAACGAGCGUCUUGUUGGAUUACCUACGUGAAGAUGGUGGGCCAGGUUCAUUUAUUACCAUUCAGUCUGUUGUCGACGCGAUACCUCGACCGUUCUAG